GUAUCACGAGGUACGCAAGAUCAUUAAUGAGUUGUGGAUUUAACGAAAGGUCAAAUAACUUGGUAAGCUCUGUCGAUUUGACACGUGUGGACUCCUACUCCAUCGUUCGGAGCGGUCCUGCCAGAACACUGAUCGAUUCCACCGAUGCUUCGUGCGGACUGCAUUUCUUAUAAUUCCUUCAGUCGAAUUUUCGGUUAAGCACAGCGUUGAGAAGAACCAAGUCCAGAUCCAGGAAUUCAUUUCUUCGCGGCAGGAAUGUCCGGGAUUGUGCCCAGCACUCGACUCGACUCGAACAGCAGGCGAGUGUGCGCUACUCUGCGAGCUGGGAUCUCGAGACUAGCUUUAAACACAGAUCUGCAGGUCUGAAUCACCGCUUGUAGAGGGGCCUGAUGUGCGAGAUUCGCGGCAGCAGGCCGGCUCCACUCUAGCAAAAGGUGCACAGGACAUCGAGGAGGCAGAAGAACGGACCUUGUGAUAACGGUCGGCGCAAGGAUCGCUUCGAGAAAUGAAUCGGGCUUUCCUCUAGCAAAAGGUGCACGGGACAUCGAGGAGGAGGAAGAAGGGACUCUGUGAUAACGGUCGGCGCGAGGAUAGCUUGGAGAAAUGAAUCGGGGAAAAGUCCUGCAAGCUUGAGGAGGGAAACCUCCGGCAGAAGGUGUACGCAGUUUCAUCGAGGAAAUAGAUGAUGGACUCAGCAGUUCACCGGGGAGGAGAACGAGGUUGACCCGAAUCAGAAGAGGUGGAAUGUGUAGACUCCGCAGGCGAGAGCUGGAGGGCUCGAAGAGAAAGGCAGGUGACGGAGAUUGGAACGCUAAUCCUGACGAGCUCCUUUUGAAUGGGGCCGAUGGAGACCGCCCAGGAAGGAGGAAGCCGUUGCGCGAAGUCCGCGGCUGCGCAGGAUUCGUACUUGCGGAGGAGAUUGCCUGAUGGUUCUUUCGUUGGCUCGCUGGUUAUGGCGGCAGCGGCCGGGCAGAUCCGAGGACCACAGUAGAGGAUCUCUUCGCCCGUACAGAUGACGAACGUUGUUGACGAGAAGAAGCCCAGGAUUCCAAAAGUUGGUGAUGUGAAGAUGGUGAAAGUUCACCCUCUGGCGGGGAAGUGUGGUGAAGGUCCUCCCCUAGCGCCGGAAUCUUGGAAAUGGCGAGCCGGAAAUCGACUGAGCGACAUGUACUUCACUUCUCCCACAGGAGAGAAAUUUCGAUCCCGUCCGGAACUGAAUAUCUUUCUCGCAACAUUAGAUAAUCCUCCUCCUUUAGACAGCUUCCGGUGGCGAGUCACAGAAGAUUUCCUUGCGAAACAUCAGGUGAUUGCUCAGGAUGCUCGAAGAAGGCAAAGUGGAGAAGGAGGCUCAAAGAAGCAGAAUGAAGAAAGUUGUGCUGAAAAGAAGGCUACAAAACGGAAGGACGUUGUCGACGAUGCCCAAGAAAAGAGAAAGAAGAAAGUGAAGACUGAAAUCUCGACUACACCACAACAGCCUUCUCCACCGCCUACUGUGCCAAACACAGAUGCUUCACCUAUUCCGCACACUCCUAUUCCAGAAUCUGCACCUGCGUCUCAAGGAGGUGUAGCUGAUACGGAUGGCAUCUUCAAGACUCCUUCAGCCAAAAGGCGUUCAAAAGUGAAGGCCAACAAAAAGGACCACUUUGACAAGGAUUGCGGAGAUCGGUUUUUCCCCAGUAUUCUGGCGUCCAAAGCCAGCUGGAAGUGGCUUUAUGAUAAUGAAGUUGCUACAAGGUUUUUAGCUGAAGCUGAGAAGCUCAAGGGUAAAGAUGAAUUGGAGAUUCCUGAUUUUAGAAACUUAUUGUUACACAGGAGCUCCGACAUGAACAAUAUAUCAAGGUACUCAAAUCAGGUGCUCAGAGUUUUUGUUCAGAUUAUGCGCAACGUCGAACCCCCUGCUAGCAUGGGUAAGGUCGAACUUGUACAUUUGGUUGUCAGCUGGAAAUGCAAGAAAAAGCACCAGUGGUGCCUUUUAGAGACUACUAGACUGGCUACUCCUGAUUCCAAAUCCUCAAAGGGGGACGGCUGUCCUGCUGGGUCGAGGGAUGACAAGCUGCCUGGGCAGAAUGCAACUGUUUCUAGCAACAGAGGCUCCAUUCCUGCCUCUGAAGGCACGACGAACAGGGGGCAGAUUGCGGGUGCUUCAGCUCAAAGAGAGUCAAUCUCCAGAUCGGGAGGAUCCAAGAAAACGCCGAGAGGUAGAGAGCAAUUCGUAGAGCCCCUAGGAAACCUGCACAAUCCAGGGUUUAGGUCGCAGUCAUCUCCUCUAGACUUGAACGUUAAACUGCCUAGUGGACCGGAAGUGGUCACGGCAAAAGAAGAGCCUGGACAUGAGACGGAUUCGCAACAAAUCCUGAUGCCAAAAGCAAAUGCGCAUAUUUCUAAGUCCGCCAAACCUCGAGCUGGUGCGGGGCUGUCAAGGUCUGGCGGGAAAAAGUCUUCAGCACCUGGAGCAUCUACACCAGCGAAUCGUGGAUCAGGGGCAACAGAAGGCUCAGCGCAUCCUCCAGAGGUCGUGGCUGCCUCGGAGGCCAGGUACAACGUGCAAUAUAAGCAGAACGAAAAUGUGGUUAUUUUACAGCGGAUUUCAACGAAUGCCGAAGGGAACCAAUCGACGGCCAAUCAGCUCCAUGGAGUACGCUUACCUCCCGGUGAAGUUCAGGGAUCAUCUACCCGUGCAGAUGGUUCCAAUGUCAUGGAAAGCACCCAGGAAGUACCCCCCGUUCCACCGACCUGCAAUACCGAUAAAGAUGGUUCAGAUUGCCGGUGUAAAGUCUGUUCAAGCGAUCACGGUUUUUGCAGGGGUUGCAUGUGUUGCUUUUGCUCCAACGCCGUAAAACCUGAAGAUGAUUGGAUGGCACUAAGGUGUGACUGCAAACAUCUAUCCCACGUCAAAUGUGCAAUGGAAAAAAAAAUGGCUGGUGUCGUCAAGGAGCUGGAGCUGGAUGCAGAACUUUCCUGUCCAAGCUGCUCUCAAAAGUUAGAUCUGGGACCAUUUUUUGUGAAAAGUUUUGAUCGUCUGCAUGGUGAAGAUCCCAAGAUGCAUCCGACGGAUCUAGGACCGCUUGUUGUACUAGUCCUACAGUUGCUUGAAGGGUCAGAGAACAAGAAGUACAAAUACUUCCAGAAACUCGUGGAGGAGAUGUACAAUCUCAUGACUAAGUUCCCCAUUCAGGAUCUUGUUCGUCUUCUUCUAACGGAGAUCAAGAAAGAACUGCACGAACCUGUAGAUCCAGAUCUCGGUGGUUCGCAUGUUGGUGAAGCAGCUAUAGAGGCUGCCGUAAAGCGGCGCGUUGAUAUGGAACCCUUGUUCAAUACACUUCAAAGUGCCUACCAGAGUCUCGUAGAUCAAACAAAAUUAGCAAGACUGACUAAGGCAUCUGAUAGGGCUAAGCAGAGGGUGAUGGAGAGGGAAAUGGAGGGUUUGGAGGCUGAGGAUGACCAGAUUUCUCCUGCCAGUAUCUUGGUGCAGAUAGAGAAUCAAAAGAAAAUAGCUCAACAAGAGUUUGAAAAACUUGGGCGGUUGAAAAAUACAAUGGUGAAGGCUGAUAGCCCCUCGUUCAUAGACAUUGAUGCUUCCAUGAACAAAUGGUUGGAAUCUCUUCGUGCACAGCGCAAGGAAGUAGAAAGCGCAGAAGCAGAGCUUCGUCGGCUUGAGCAUCAGUACAGGCGUUCGAUCGGGUUUUAAACACCUGUCUUGAAAUUACUGCAGGAGACUAGGAGCAUCUUAAGUUAGUGUCAUCGGAAUUAAGAUAGAGAAACAUGUUGAGAGAGCAUGGGAUAAGGAAAAUGUCCUCAUGAAUGUAAAGUCUGUGUCGUUGUUGCUUUCUUGUUUGAGUACAGGAUGAUCAUCACUGCGAGUCCCAACUCACAUUAUAUGUCUAGUUGGUAAAAUACACAUGCGUC